AUGUUCUCGAAAAGAGAGAAGCUUCGAUGCCCGACUGGUUCGCCAUCCACAGACCCUGACAACGUAUACGAAGACGACGCUAAACUCCUCAAAGCUGCGCUACCAAAUGCUGUGGACUUAGAGAGGGUUUGGUUGUGGGUACACAAGGAGGAUAUGAUGAGCUGCACAGUGCCCGAAGCUGGAACAGCUGAAGACUACAUCAACGCUCUCGCCAGCACCGACUACGUGAACGAGUCUUUCCUCAUCAAGAUUUUCACACGAUUAAGCAACUACUUCUACCCCCCAUACCUAUUGGCUCCUAUAACGGUUACCGUUACUUCCGACGAGAGCACUUUAGUCAACGGUACCACCAGAUUCGCAUGCAUCCAAAUGAGAAAAAGCUACGCAGCUGACGAGAAGCACUUCUCAGACAAUGGCAAGCUAACCAAAGGGAAGAAGGUCGAGGGAACCAUCUGGGUAGAGACAGAUUGGGUCAUGGUGGUUAUCAUCGGAGAAGAUAGCACAGCCGGCACUGUCUGGCUGCUACAGAACUUCGAGCCUGGAGACGAGAACACGGGCUGUACGUACUUUAUCAAGGAACCAGAUACCAGUGCAUGGGGCUACUUCGAGUACGAGAAGGAGAUGCGUCUACGGCUGCAGUAA